UGGAGUUGGCAGAGGUCAUGGAAGAGGUCAGGAACCCAGGACAUCCCAGUUGUAGAAGGAAGGUCGGGACCCAGUCUCUACCCAGUCCACUUGGCCCCACACCCGUUGCCCUGUGCCAGGCUCAGCCUGGGCCUGUCUUGCUUCACUUCAUACCUCUCAUUCCUUACCCCCGCUGGGGAGACAGGGGAGGAGGCACCUGUGGGCAGCAUGGAGGAGCCUGGCUCAGGGAGGAGGAUGGGGAUUACACCUCCACACAGUGAUGUCCCGUGUGACUGCCUGGGUGUAGAAUGGGCCCCUUAGAACUGAUCCACAGCCACCCUCGCCAGAAGAGAACCGGAGCUGUCCCGGCUGUGGCCUCAGGGUGGGAAAUGAGACUGUCUCUGCCAGGACAGGUGCUCAGCAUUGGCUUGGGGUGGAGACACGGAGGUUUCUAGUCUGUCAUAAUUAGUAGAGCCGGUGACAGUUCUGAUAACUCUGAGCUGCUUACAUUAUCAGAGGAUCACGUCCUGGGCUUGUGAUUUACCCUACUUAGGGCCCCUUUGGCAGCAAGAUCAAGCUUUUUGCCGAGAGUCAAAGAUCAACCCAACAAGGGGAGAAAUUCAAGUUCAGGAAGUUGGAAGUUUGGAGAACAACCCCGGUGGCCUCAACCUGGGCCUUGGACACCCAGGGCAUUCACCAGGUACUGAGCAGUUCAUACUUGUAAGGAGCUUUGAUCUGCCUACGGAGUGAGGAGUAAUAGUUCUAGUUCAUGGAAACAGAAACAAGCUCAAGGGGCUCCGACUUCAUGCCCGUGCCGCUUUGGUAAAGGAUAGGACCUGGUUUGAAUUCCGGUUGGUUGGAUUCCAGAGCCAUGGGUUCCCCCAGAUUGCCCAUUCCCUCAUUCAACCUUACUCUUCCUUGGAGACUCAACCCCAACGUCUUUGAGUUUUCUGAGCUGUUCUCACCAGCAUUCAGAGAGGGCGGCUCAGCUCCCCAGCUCCUUCCCCACUGAAAGGUGCAGGGGCCCUCUGUGUUCAGUCUCGGUCUCCUGCCUCUCAGCCGCUUCCUCUUUGCUUGCCCCUCUUACUCCAUUCUCUGGCCCCCGACGAAAGCUGAGUCAGAAGCCGACGCUUCCCUUGGCUCCCAGCGCCUCCCAUGGGAGCCCCUCCUUUGCGUGUCCGUUAGUCACUCCCCGGUAAGUCCUCUCCCCCCACCCUCGAGGGGCGGGGAGCCCAGGGCAGCCCAGAGGCCAGGGGGGAGGGGGUGGACUUUUGGCCCGUUUGGUUUAUUCCCUCCAUCUCCUCGUCAACAGCUGCCGUGCGCUCUUGGCUCAUUCCUCUGACGGACCUGCAGGGAAGCGAAGAGACCCGGGGAGGGGGCAGGAGACAAACCGGAGACGGACCUGGGCCACGGAAGAGGCCGAGGCUGCGGCCUGCCUCCCUCUCUCUCCCUCGCCUGCCUGGACCGCCCUCCUUGGCCACAGCCCCCUCAGGUUGCCCCGGGGCCCAGCCCCUCCCCGUCUCUGGGGCCCCAGGCUCCCCUCGGGGCCUGUGUCCCACCAUGCCGGUGGCUGUGGAGAACUUUGGCUUCUUCCUCACAGCCGUGGGGCUGCUGACGCUGGGGGUGACCCUGGCGCACAGCAGCUGGAGAGUGUCCACCGUGCACGGGAACGUCAUCACCACCAACACCAUCUUCGAGAACCUCUGGUACAGCUGUGCCACCGACUCCAUGGGAGUCCACAACUGCUGGGAGUUCCCGUCCAUGCUGGCCCUCUCCGGCAUGGUGGGGCUGCGCUGCACGAACAUUGGGGGCCUGGAGCUCUCCAGGAAAACCAAGCUGGCAGCCGCCGCAGGAGCCCUACACAUCCUGGCUGGUAUCUGCGGGAUGGUGGCCGUCUCCUGGUACGCCUUCAACAUCACCAGGGACUUCUUCGACCCCUUGUACGCUGGAACCAAGUACGAGCUGGGCCCUGCCCUCUACCUGGGCUGGAGCGCCUGCCUGCUCUCCAUCCUGGGCGGCAUCUGCCUCUUCUCCAACUGCUGCUGCUCUCGGGACUGGGACCCCGCCGCCGGCGCCCAGCUUCCCUACAAGGCCCCCGUGAUACCGGCCGCCAGCCUCGCUGCCCGCCUGCCCGCCGCAGCCUCGGAUGAAGAGGGCGACAGCAGCUUUGGCAAGUACGGGAAGAACGCCUAUGUGUAGACGGCCGGGCCUGUGGACCCAUUCCCUUCCCACUGCCCCCAGUGGAGAGGGGUCCCCGGAAUACCGGGGCUGCGGGCGCGGGCCCCUGCUCCAGGUUAUCAAGUUCAGGGCCAAGCCACGCUUCAGGCUCCGCCCCCUGCCCGGAAGCCACACCCAGCUCUGGCCUCAGGCCCCGCCUUCCCACCGGAGCUCCGCCCUGGCCACGCCUCUUUCCUCCGGUUCUCUGGAUCCUCCGCGGCCAAGAACCAGCCUCCUGAGAACUCAUCUCUGGCCUCUGAGGCUGGGCCCCUCUUAACCUUGAGUCUAGGUUCUGGGCCGUUAAGCAGGGGGAGGCGUCCCCGAGUGUUUGCAGUCUGUAUAAAUUCAUGCAUAAAUAAACUUGUGAACUGUU